GACAGCCACCGAUACUUGAUAUAACGUCACUAGACCUUUGACGUGAAAUCGUAUUACCGGGAAGUCAAUUUUUCGUGGAAAUACAGGUACCGUAUACACAGCUUGGUCAUACAGACACGGUUGACAGACGGCUACAGAGGAAAUACAGGUACCGUAUACAAAGCUUGGUCAUACAGACACGGUUAGAUUGAUGACAGACGGCUACAGAGGAAAUACAGGUACCGUAUACACAGCUUGGUCAUACAGACACGGUUAGAUUGAUGACAGACGGCUAGAGGAAAACUUACUCAGGGGAUUCGCAUAUACAAGACUUAGCACGUUAAGGAGGGCUUUCAAAUUAAACCGAAAUGGCAAACAAAUGGACAAGACAGAAUGAACAUAUGUCCAACACCGACCGUGUUAAACACGAGUCAAUCAGCUCAUUCAUAAAAGAACAUGUGCAACCGAUUCUUGAUGGUUGGGAAAAGGAUAUAAAGAACUUUAUAAUAUCAAAUCCAAAGCCAGCACCGGAUCAACGAAUGAUGGUUCUUACCAUAGUUUCGCGAAUGGCGGAACAAACGAAACAACUACAGUCCACUUAUGGUGUCUAUGUUUACACUACUGGUUACAAAGAGCUACCAAAAGAGACGAGGUUUUCUCAACACAUGUUAACAAUGACAAAUGAGUGGAAAAGGGAUUGUAAGCAUAUAGAAAAAACCCAUUCUGCGAAGCACAAUGAAAAACCAGAUCAAACACUAGGUUUGGCUACACUGUUUUGUGAAAUGCAAGUGCAGAUUCAGUAUUGGAUGGAACAUUUAACUCCAAGCAAAACUAAGCAACAACAACAAGGCACUUCUGUUGCACAGCAUGGUGGAACAGACGGGCAACAGCCGAGACACCAUCCCCAGAAUGUACCGCCAACGACAGAUGCACGACAGACGCCGUCAAAACGUCCACCGGAUGGAUCGCUAACAACAGAUGAACGACAAAAGCUCCAAGAUGAAAUAAGUAACUUAGGGAUGAAAUAUGAUUCAAAAGUGGCAGAAAACUUAGAGUAUCAGAAACAAGAAUCGCAACAUGCUGCUGACAUGGAUAAACUGAAAAAAGAAAUUGAGAGACAAAGAGAAGAACUGAAUAAACAAGCCAUGGCUAAUUGUAAGGUCACAAGGGAAAAGGAUGAGGCCUUGAACAGACUUAGUGAAAUAGCAGGUCAAAAACUACGACAGAACAACCCAGCCAUCACCGAUCUAAGUACUGAUAACAGACCGACCAAAAUAGCCGAGCGUUUUAAAGAGUUGUAUGCCAACCAAUGGACUGAUGCAUUUACGGAGCUGACGUCAGAUCAUUCGUGUUCUGAAAUAAAAGCCAUAGAUAUUCUCCUCGGAUCCCUGGACGAAAGUUUUGAUUUCACGGCCAGCAUAUCAGAAAAUCAGCUGCAACGAUUAGAACACAGCACACAGAUGCUGACAAACAUAGAAAAGACAGAUACGCAUGGAGCGGUCAUGCAAAACAGACAGGUUGAUUUGGCGAAAACCCUUCCUGCCAAAAGCGGAAAUAGAGAUCAAACGCAACUGCAAUCUGAACACACAGGAGACAAAAUGCAACCAGUUCCAUUGUCGCCGGAGUGUGCAGACCUACUUAGACAAGUGCUGAAAGCUUCAGCUCCUGCUUUACUUCCUGAAGUACAACAACAUUUCCUAAGAGACAGACAAGCAAAGGUAAAGAUUCCAGAAGGAAAAAGGGGAAACGCGAUGAUCGAAUUCUACAAAGAAUGUGCAGCGAUCACUUGGUACAUGAAUGUCCAAACACCUCGUCUAUAUUUGGCACCAAAACCGACAACAGGUACACCGGUUCAGACUGACCUGUACUCUUUGUACACACAAUCCGGGGAGAAGGUCGAUUAUGUCGUCUGGCCGGCCUGUCUACUUCAUGAGAAUGGCCCUUUAUUGGCCAAAGGAAUAUUGCAGCCAUUCAAAAUGGAACGAAAAGGAGGAGCUAAAGAAGAAAAAAAGAAUGUCGCUUCGAAUGGUAGAAGCGAGACUCAGGAGAAAGGUUCAGGCAGUGAUGGAAAAUCAAUUAUAGACCAAAAUAACGUCAAUACUUCAUCCGGGAGAAAGAGCAGUACGGGAGGUAAUGUCAAAAACACACAUUUUUAGUCUGCCAUGACAUAGCACCAUUUUAUGAUUACUUAUAUUUGUGUUCCGAUAUAGUAAAACACGGACAGAGACAGCAGCCAAUGUAGCCGAAUCUUAAUAUAUCACUGCUAAUACUCGUGGUCCAUACUAUAGUAAUCAUAAGGGGACCUUGACGUUAACAUGUUCCAAUUCUUAACGUACUGUUUUCGUUUGUGGCGCUUUUAAUAAGUGGAAAAUUGACUUUGUCAGCGUAGACAUAAAAAUGUAAUAGGAAGCUUAUCAGAAGAUAUUAUAGAAGACUUGUAACCGAUACUCCUCAAUAAUUACAACCAUUAUAAUAUUUACGGAUGGUUCAAUCACUUCCAUUAUGAUAAAUAUCAUUGUUCUUUUGCGGGGUCUUCUCGUGACGCCGUUCGCUACUGUAUUUAAAUACGUAUUUAUCCUCACAUAAUAUCUCUUAAACGUUUUCCUCAACUCUAUAUACAUUAUAAAUAUAAACUUGUAUUGUAAAAUAUGGAGUGUAUACGUGGUUUCUAUAAUACAUAUGCCAACAUGUGUUGAAUAUUUAAUACAAAUAUGUUUUGAAAAAAAAAAAAAAAAAUGUAACUUACAAUAACUUUGAUGUGUGCUUACAUACUACCGAUGGUCAGUUUUUUUAUAAUUUGUAUAUAUAAGUGUCAAGAAUACGAAUAAUUUCUAUGCUGCUCCAAUUUUACUUAACAUUGACCUAAGAGUCAGUGCACUUACUUGGGUACAUCAAUACAUAAUAUAUAUAUUGUUAAUUUAUUUGUAUAUCAACAAGUAAUACAAUUAUUCAAAUUUGAUUAUGAUCAAUGUUUGAAACGUUUUGAGCACGAUUUUUAUAUUCCUGUACAAUUGUACCCUGUGUAUAUAAGUUCUCCUAUGACUUGGGACUGGUGUUGGGUUUAUUUUAUUAUUUUGGUAAUGUUUUACAUAAAUAUAUGAUACAUCUAUAUUAAAAGUUGUAUAUAUUUAUUAAAAGAAUUAUGUAUUAACACUGUCUACCUUUCUUCAACCGGAUGCCGUCACGUAGGCGAAUAUGAACCCAAAUGAUAUUUGAUUUGACCAAACAAUGUAGUCAGAAUGUGGUAUUCAAUGUAACACUGAUUUUCACUGAUGGUCAAGUUAAACAAAAAUUGUAUCUCUCUGAUCAGUGCAAUGUUUCAGAGUAAACAAUGUCAAUCAAACACUUUAAAUCGACGUGAACAACGGAAAUUUCUUUAUUUCGAUGUGAACCAUGUUAAUUAAACACACUAACUCGAUGUGGAUAAUGAGCAAUUCUUUAUUUGGAUGUGAACCAUGUGAACUUAGCACUUUAACUCGACGUAAACAAUAAGCUAUUUUUUAUUCGAUGUGAACAACGAUCAAUGUUUUUAUCAACGUGAACAAUGAAAUAUCAACAUUUUAAUUCGAAGUAAACAAUGAUCACUCUUUAUAAUGAUGCAAACAAUUACCAAAACUAUAAAUAGAUAAAACAAAAACAAAACAAAAACCUCAUAUAUCGACACACAAUCGGACGUAGUGGUAAAUACAUUCACAUACUAGCAUGAGUUAACAUACAAUGCUUAUUUGUCUAUUUCCCGUAUCUACUGUAAAUCUCUAGCGCCUUACGGGGGUACAAAUAUAGUUUGUCAUUAACAUUUUAUUCGUCAACAUGUACCAAUAUUGUCAACGUAAAUUGUUCGACUAUUAAUCUAUUAUACAGUGUAGUACUGUUCUGUGAUAGUUUAUUGUUAGUUUCACCGUCACUUCCAGCUUCAGCCAUCAAUGAAAAAACCUAAAAGUAAAUGUAUAUUCAUCGAGGCUUGAUACAAAUAUGGCGGAGUAUCUCUGUCUAGUUAGUCUUCGAUUGUCUUGGCAUAACUCGUUUUCUGCUUGGAUGAAAAACUAUUAUUGAUCUUCAUUGGCUCUAACAGAUGUUUUGUGAAACGUGUAUUGACGAUCAUACACACAUACAAAUGUAUUAUCCAUUUUAUAGAGAAAAUUAUAAGAUUUUAAGGAAAUGUUUACGAAUCACAAGAACAAUCGGAAAGCAUGAAUUAUCAUUUGUGGAGAUAUGCUGUAAUGCUUUUUUUUUAUAUAAAUAAAAGGAUAUAUUCAGAGUAUGGUGGAAUUGUCUUUUCGUUAUCAUUACAUAAUACACAACCACCAGUUUGAUGUUAUUUAAUUACAAUAAUGUUGCUUUAAAAGAUAAUCUUAAUUUCUGAUUUUAAAAACAAAAGUAUAU